AUGACUGCGGACAGCACCAUCUCAUCACAGGCAGCCGUUGCCUCACACAACGGCCACCCUCGAACCAAGAUUUGCGUCUACUGUGGUGCUGCUCCUGGUGCGAGUCCUGCUCACAUUGAAGCUGCUCGCGCUCUCGGAAGAGCCAUGGCUGAAAACAAUAUUGACCUAGUUUACGGAGGAGGGACUGUCGGACUUAUGGGCGAGGUGGCAAAGAGUCUCUGCGCAAUCAAUGGCCCCGAGUCUGUUCAUGGCAUCAUCCCUGAGGCUCUGGUCAAGUUUGAACGAGAUGGCACCUACGGAACUGUCAAUGAACAUAACCACAUUGUGCCCGAGGAGUCUGUCUAUGGCCGCACGACAGUUGUCAAGGAUAUGCAUACUCGAAAGAAGCUCAUGGCCGAGGAGGUUUUUGCUGGUGGUCCCGGCAGUGGCUUCAUUGGCUUGAGUGGCGGAUUUGGUACCAUGGAGGAAAUCUUCGAGACAACUACCUGGAACCAACUGGGAAUCCAUAACCGCGGCAUCGUUCUACUCAACAUUGAGGGCUACUGGGACGGUAUCGUCCAGUGGAUGGACCGCGCUUCUGAGGAGGGGUUUGUAAAACCUGCCAACAAGAACAUCCUGGUUAACGCCGAUACUCCUGAAGGCGCAAUCAAGGCUCUUCGCGAAUACAAGGUUUCAGAUGCUAUCUAUCAACUUCAAUGGGGCAGCCAGUAA